AUGCGGUCCCCACUUCCGCCACCGCGAGAAAGCCGUCUCCGACGUGCCCUCUACGCACUCCCAUUCCUCGCCAUCACAGCUCUCAUGACACGAGCAUUCGGCAUGGCUGAAUCAAUCGGACCUGUCAUCGAAGAACGGGUUCAAACCUCUGUUUUUAGAGCCCAAGAAGGCAACGUAGCUCUUAUCAAGAACUUCUACGGUGUUCCGGGGCUCGAUGAUAUUUUCAAUGUCGUAACGGCCGCCUUCGCAAACUUGCAGUUCUUCUUCGACAAGAAAGCGUAUUGGCAAUCGUUGGUGUUCUUGACCGACUUUGCGGGGAUGUAUGCUGUUAUCAUGGUUGAGUCCUUUAGACCGGGAAAUACAUUUCUGGUCGCCAAAUAUCCCGUGUUCUUCUUGCUACUAUCUCAGAUAAUAGCCAUCGGAUGCACUGCCCCUAUCUUCUUCUUUCUAGCCUAUGUCUUUGCACCAGCGCAGAAGCUCCCUGCACUAAUCCCAGGACGUCCCGGUGCUGGACGUUACCGGGCUUUGUUUCCUGUGCUUGGAUUGAGCUACUAUAUUCCUCACUUACGAUGCUACUUCAGCGCUUCUCUCGAAGGAAGAAACUGGUGGAACUGGAUCUGGCAAUUAUAUCCAGUUUGGGGGUCCGGUCUCAUGUUUGUGCUGUCCAGAGCCUUUGGUCAUGAGUUCAAGCUACUGAAGGCCGACCGAAUCAAGUUCAAAAUAGACAUGGGCGUGUGUAGUAUUAUCAGCAUGUUAACGUGGUGGUAUACCCUCGCAUCGAUGAAGGACUCCAUUUUUGAGGUCUUUGUGCCACAGUACCUGGUCACCUUCCCCCAAGACCCCGAUGUUGGACUUCGCACCGUCAUUCAGUUUGACUACAUUUGUUGUUUCGCAGCAGGUUACCUGUGGUUGGCGUACCACUUCCGAGACCUGGAGAAACUUGGAAUUUGCAGAGUUCCGUGGUUCAAAACUGUUGGUGUUUGUAUGGUGUUGGGGCUUGUGGUAGGACUGGGGACACUAUUUCCCAUUUUGUGGUUGUUGGGAGAGGAGCUACUGAUUGAGGCGGAAAAAGAGACCAAAGAGUUGGAGGAUUGA